AUGACAAGUUUGAGGACUCUAAAUCAGACAUGGAGAAUUCACAACUUCGGACUGGUAUCAAACAUCAUCACUGCCUUCUUCCUGCUUCGCUGUAUCAACAAGCUAUAUUACAAUAUUAGCAAAUAUGGCAUAUUCGGGAGUAUUAAAAGGAUUUAUUAUUCUAUUGGGCUCGGAAUACUUUCAAUAAAAUAUCCCAAGACAAAAACGCGAGGAAAUGUCGAUAAGCAGAUUCUAGCAAGACUGGAAGAAAAACUCAUUCAGCGAGACCCUAAUUCUAAGGGAUAUUUAACUUUACCGAAAGAAGGAUGGAGCGUGAUCGAAGUGAAUGAUGAAUUGGAGAAACUACAUGCUAUGGAUCAUACAAGAUGGGAAGACGGUCGUGUUAGUGGUACCGUGUAUCAUGGCGGCGAUGAUCUACUGAGUUUACAAACCGAAGCCAUAGGCAAAUUCAGUGUUUCAAACCCUAUCCAUCCCGAUGUGUUUCCUGGUGUAAGAAAAAUGGAGGCCGAGAUUGUUGCUAUGGUAUUGGCCUUAUUCAAUGGCCCUUCUGGUGGAGUAGGCGUCACGACAGCUGGCGGCACCGAAUCCAUUCUCAUGGCUUGUUUGGCAGCUCGGGACAAGGCUUCUGUUGAGCGCGGUGUCACAAACCCCGAAAUGAUUAUUCCAGAGACAGCACACGCAGCCUUUUAUAAAGCUGCAAAGUAUUUCAAUAUCAAACUGCACGAGGUUUCCUGUCCUGCACCAGAUUAUAAAGUCGAUAUCCUUUCAGUCCGUCGUUUGAUCAAUCGCAACACAGUGCUAUUGGUUGGCUCAGCUCCGAAUUUUCCUCAUGGAAUUGUCGAUGAUAUUCCCAGUCUCUCAAACCUGGCCGUAAAAAACAAGAUUCCACUUCACGUCGAUUGCUGUUUAGGAUCAUUUGUCGUUGCUUUUCUCAAGCAAGCCGGAUUUCCAUCCCCUUACGAAGAUGAAGGUGGAUUCGACUUUCGUCAACCUGGUGUGACCAGUAUCAGUGUUGACACCCACAAAUAUGGCUUUGCUCCGAAAGGCAACUCCGUGCUUUUAUACCGGGAUCGCUCGUUUCGAAACUAUCAAUAUUUCAUUCUUCCGAACUGGUCCGGUGGUGCUUACGCCUCUCCUUCGAUGGCAGGGUCCCGUCCAGGAGCGUUGAUUGCGGGCUGCUGGGCCAGUCUAAUGGCAAUCGGAGAGUCAGGCUACAUAGCCACUUGUCGUCAGAUUGUAGGAGCCGCAAAGAAUCUGGAGCGUGCUAUUUUAAAUGAUCCAAUUCUUUGCGGCAAUCUUUGCAUUAUCGGCCACCCUAUGGUCAGCGUCGUCGCGUUCGCAAGUAAGAACGGUCAAAUUGAUACAUAUGAUAUUGCCGAUACAAUGUCCGCAAAAGGUUGGCAUCUAAAUGCAUUGCAGUCCCCGCCAGCUAUACAUUGCGCGUUCACAAAACCGAGUGCCGAGAGUGUCGACGUUCUUGUUUCCGAUCUACGCGAUGCAGUAGCCAAUGAACUACACAAAAUCGAGGAACGUAAAAUAAAGGGGGGUAUCAAUUCACGACAACCAGGGGAUACAUCUGCUCUUUAUGGUAUCGGGGGAAGCAUUUCUGGGAAUGUUGUUCUUAGUCAAUUCGCCGAAGGAUUCCUGGAUACAUUAUAUAAAACCUAG